ACACUUUGCGCAUGGUGGAUAUUAUUUUUAAUUAUCCUUUUCUGGGUGCUAUGGGGGAUCAUUCCAAGAAAAAGCCGGGGAUUGCUAUGUGUGUCGGCUGCGGGAGUCAGAUUCAUGACCAGUACAUCCUCAAGGUCUCUCCGGACCUCGAGUGGCAUGCAGCCUGCCUCAAGUGCGCUGAAUGCAGCCAGUACUUGGACGAAACCUGCACGUGUUUUGUGAGAAACGGCAAGACGUACUGUAAAAGGGACUAUAUCAGGUUGUUCGGCAUCAAAUGUGCCAAAUGCAAGGUGGGUUUUAGCAGCAGCGACCUGGUGAUGAGAGCCCGGGAGAACGUCUACCACAUCGAGUGCUUCCGCUGCUCGGUCUGCAGUCGCCAGCUGCUGCCGGGGGAUGAGUUCUCCCUAAGGGAUCACGAGCUUCUGUGCCGGGCAGAUCACAGCCUCCUACUGGACAGGGCCUCUGCAGAGAGUCCUCGGAGCCCAGGACACCUACCAAGCAGCAGGGGCCUACAUCUGUCAGAAGCAGGCUCUGGCCGGCAGCCUUCGCUCCGACCCCACGUGCACAAGCAGACGGAGAAGACGACCCGGGUGCGGACAGUUCUCAACGAAAAGCAGCUGCACACGCUGCGGACCUGCUACGCAGCCAACCCGCGGCCCGAUGCCCUCAUGAAGGAGCAGCUGGUGGAGAUGACGGGGCUGAGCCCGCGAGUUAUCCGCGUCUGGUUCCAAAACAAACGCUGCAAAGACAAGAAGAAAUCCAUCCUCAUGAAGCAGCUGCAGCAGCAACAGCACAGCGACAAGACGAGCCUGCAGGGUCUGACUGGGACGCCUCUGGUGGCUGGCAGCCCAAUCCGCCAUGAGAGCGCAGUGCAGGGCAGUGCAGUCGAGGUGCAGACUUAUCAGCCGCCCUGGAAAGCACUCAGUGAGUUUGCCCUACAAAGUGACCUAGACCAGCCAGCCUUCCAGCAACUGGUGUCUUUCUCUGAGUCAGGCUCCCUGGGGAACUCCUCUGGCAGCGACGUGACCUCCUUAUCCUCCCAGCUCCCAGACACUCCGAACAGCAUGGUGCCCAGCCCUGUGGAGACGUGAGGAGCCCGGGGCCCAUGGGCCCCUCUUCCCGUGGAUCUCGCAUGCUCCCUGCAUGAGACUCGCCCAUGCACAGGCCAUUCCAGCUCUCUGGAAACCCUCUCUCCUUUUUAAUUCUUAUUGUUAUUUAAAGGAAAGAGAGAGAGAGAGAGAGAGAGAGAGACAAAAGAGAGAUAUUGUCUUGACUGCCAAAAGCACCAAGAUGUGACCUUCCUUCUUCAGACUGGAGAACCCCUUCUCUGCUGGGUUUAUUUUUGCAAAACCAAAAUUGAGGAUUUACUAGGAUUAGGCCUCACCCCUCCCCCUUCCUCCUCCCAUAUACCAUGUAAUCCGGCUUUCUGACUCCCCUCAUACCAACUCACCUGGUGGUUUAUAAAAAGAAAGAAAACCAAUUCCCACCCAGAAGCUGGGGACGGCUGACCUCUCCUUUUCUCCCUAUGGCCCACUCGGGGUUUUGGGGUCAGCUUCGCAACAACUGGCCACUCCUUUUUUGGUUUGGUGGGGUUUUUUUUUAAUGCUUUGUUGGUUAGAGAU